CCGUGCAUGCCGAAUAAUUAGUACAUAUUAGUUAAUAAUUAUGCUUGAGAAUAUAUUCCAAUCAUGGGUGUAAAUUUUCGCAAGAGUAAUUCAAUGGCUCUAGCUGAAAUGGACGCAGACAAUACAUAUUGAGAGACAUGAUUAAUUUCAUUGCAUAUGAAUUUGAAUUUUCAAGUAAUUAAUUGAUAAAAAUGAGUUUAGAGAUUAGCAGUUCAAGAAAUGUGGGGGCAACUCCUCCCUUCUUGAUCAAAACCUUUCAAAUAGUGAAUGAUGCAAACACAAAUUCCAUAGUUUCAUGGGCUCAAAAUGGUGACAGCUUCAUUAUUUGGGAUCACAUCAAAUUCUCUGCACAAAUACUUCCCAAUUAUUUCAGACACAACAAUUUUUCAAGCUUUGUCUACCAACUCAACAACUACGGGUUUAGAAAAAUAGGGGUGGAAUAUCAAUGGGAGUAUUCAAAUCCAUACUUUCAACAAGGAAAACCAGAUCUCCUCCCAAACAUGAAGAGAAGGUCAGAGCAGAAUAAUCCAACUCCUCCACGCCAAAAAAACAGCCUCAACCCUGACAUCCUAAGGAAGUGUAUCGAGGAAUCGAGGCGCGAAAUGAAGAAGCUGAAGCAGCAGAAAUCAGACAUGGAGUUGAAGAUGGUGGAGUUGAGGCAAACAGCCAACAACGUCGAGGCCACCACCAAGAAACUCAUAGUGCAGUGGGCCAAAGCUUGCGAGAUGAUGGUGAAGGUGGAAGAAGAAGAUGCAGCAGAACCUCUAGUUUUACCAUCGGCCGCGGAUGAUGAAUCCAAAUCCGCAGCCAUAUUGAGGGUUGAAGACUACUCGGUUGAGUUGGAUAAUAUGGACAAGAGUGAUGAUCAAGUGUAUGGAGUUGAAGCUCCAAACCAGCAUGCCAUUGCUAUUGCCCAAGAUUUUCAAGUAUGGCUGAUUGAGAAUACUCUUUGAUGAAGAUUGGACGUGAAGCACGAGGUAGGAGAAUGAUGUUAUAUUAAUCAUUAGUUAUAUAUAUGCUUUCUGGUUAUGUAAGUUGCUCUAAUUUAUAGUUAUCCAGCUUUUAUGCUAGUUUAUA